GUAGGUUUUACUGUCUGUAAAAUUGAGUUUGAAAACAGUGAGCCUGUGCUUUCAAAACUGUUCAUAUACUGUGGCUUGCUGUUAUCUUAGAAUUCAAAGUGGCAGUAUGAUGAUAACUAUCUUUGGACUUCUGGGUUUCUCUUGUUUUGUUUGAUUACUCCAUGGUCUCUUUCAUAUAUCACUGUAAAACCCUAGUUACCAUUCUACAGAAUAUAUGGUCACAUUAAUUUUAUUGACAUUUAUUGCGUCUUCCAUAUUAUGGUUUUCAGAUAUUUCUCAUGGUCUAACUGAACUUUGCUGCCUUUUCAUUCAUCAAUAGGUCAGCAAUUCACAAGAGUCCAAUUCUUGAGUUCUGUAGCAAAUUAUCAUUGAGAUCUUCACAUAGCUCACUGAGUUUUGUGAUUUUCAUUGGAGCCGGUCUCUGGUUUAGCUCUAGUGAUCUGUUCUGGGCAUCUCCGAUACUGCUCUUGCUCAGCUCUAUGGUCUGACACAUCUGCUUUCCCAAUUUGAGCCUACCAUCAACAAAGUUGUUACUGCCCCUCACUAUUCGAUUAAAAUUUAGAUCCAAGCCCCAAGAAUCUGUUCCACAAGAUUGAUUCUCUUCAAGAAGGUGUAACAUUCAUUGCUGAGUAGUUUGCUCUAUCUUCCUGUGGGCAAUACCUUGGAUAGUGGAAUCAAACACAAGUACUAAGAUGUCUACGGAGGAAGCAGUUGCUAGCUCCUUGUGGACUUGGGAGCAGGAUAAAGCAUUUGAGAAUGCCCUAGCAACUUAUUCUGAGGAUUCUCCAGAUCGUUGGGAGAAAAUUGCAGCUGAUGUAGAAGCGAAAUCCGUAGAGGAGAUCAAGCAUCAUUAUGAACUCUUAGUUGAGGAUAUAAGCCAGAUCGAAGCUGGUUGUAUACCACUGCCUUGCUACAAUUCUUCAGAGGGUUCAACAAGCCAUGCCAGUGAUGAAGGAACCAGUAAGAAGGGACACUACAGCAGCGAAUCUAAUCAUGGCAGUAAGGCUUCAAGGGCAGAUCAGGAACGCCGUAAGGGAAUUGCUUGGACAGAGGAUGAACACAGGCAAUUUCUUCUAGGCUUGGAAAAAUAUGGGAAAGGUGAUUGGCGAAGUAUAUCACGGAACUUUGUAGUAACAAGAACACCCACUCAAGUGGCAAGCCAUGCACAGAAGUAUUUCAUUCGUUUGAAUUCGAUGAACAAGGACAGAAGGCGAUCAAGCAUCCAUGACAUCACCAAUGUCAACAAUGGAGAAAUUGCAGCAGUCCAAGGGCCAAUCACUGGUCAAGGAAAUGGGUCUGCUGUAGGCUCAUCUGGCUCUGGGAAAUCGGCCAAACAAUCUGCUGCUGGACCCCCGGGGGUUGCCAUGUAUGGUGCACCAAGUAUCGGGCAACCAAUUGGAGGACCUCUUGUCUCAGCUGUUGGCACACCAGUGAAUCUGGCUGGUGCUUCUCCACACAUGGCAUAUGGUGUGAGAGCCCCUAUGCCUCCUGGAGCACUUGUUCCUGGGGCACCAAUGAACAUGCCCCCCAUGACAUAUCCUAUGCCUCACACGGCUCAUAGAUAAUAUGCAUCAUUUACUCUUAUUUUAGCUCCAAAAUGUACAAAGAACAGAGAUAGACCGAGUAGCUUGAGCUAUUAUUGCCUCUCGUUGGGUUGGUUAUUAGGACCAUUUUGCUCUUA